AUGUCGACACCAAGCAGCACUGGCCUUGUCGGUAUUUCCGAUUCAGAACUUACACCGCGCCCAGAAUCGGACGGUUUAGAGACCCAUCCGUGGUCACAGACACCUCCAUCCCAUAGGACUCCUUAUGUUACAUUCAAUGGUGCCUCCACGCAGUCAGCCUCAACAUCAAAACUGGUGAUCGAACAGCCAUCUGCUUCCAGGUCAACGCUUGGGUCAGGGGUGUCUGAGCCUUCGUUCAUCCCACAGGGUAUAUACUCGUCUGGCUCACUUGCUUCUCCAGUGUCUCCCGCUCCAUCUGCGAAUCAUACACUACCCCGGCCGCCGGAAUACGGUUCACUGCCUGGGGCGGUACGAUCCACAUAUUCCAUCGCUACAUCUAGUAGCACACAUACGACGUCAGGUGCCAAAAUAGCCGGUUUUUAUACUCGUGGAUCUACUUCAUUUGCACCGAGCUACGCACCCAGCGCUGAUCCCAAUACACCCAGACCCCUGAUACUGAAUAAAUUUGUUCUAUAUGAGAAUAAACGCAAACUAUACGUGGUAGCCACUGGGGCAUCCGACUCUCGCUAUCGCAUGCUACGAAUUGACCGAGCGGCAUCAGAAGAACUUGUCGUAACUGAGGAUGAAGCUGUUUAUACGGAACGAGAAAUAGCGGAUAUUCUUCGCAUGCUUGAAGAUGGAAAUAAGGUGUCUGGUGGACUCAAUAAGGUACAAGAGUUUCACGGCAUUGUAGGGUUCGUUCGCUUCACUGCCGGCUGGUAUAUCGUUCUCAUUACCAAACGGUCUGUCCGUGCCCUAAUGGGUGGCCACUAUAUCUAUCAUUGCGAAGACACUUCUAUUUACAAGAUAUGUCCUACCAUGAAGGUCGAAAAUCCUUCGGAAGAGGCUCGCUACACGUAUGAUGUCACUUCGACGCUUCAGCACAAUCUCACUAAAUUUGGCUAUAAAGCCUGUCCUCAAAUAUCUAAAACCCUUAUUUCAACGAUCGAUAUGCUUGGAAUCACUGCCUUUUGUCGAAUGCAUUCCCCCUUCGCGAACAUAAUGGUGGCCCUGGUGAUUGGAGGGCGAAAAGCCCAGUUGAACGUCUUUGGCCGAAUUAUUUACAUUACGCUUAUCGCCCGCCGGUCUCGCCAUUUUGCUGGAGUUCGAUACUUGAAGCGGGGGGUGGAUGAAGAGGGUAAUGUUGCUAAUGAAGUAGAGACCGAGCAAAUUGUGUCGGAAGCGUCAACCACAGGUUUUUAUGGUCCCCCGGAGAGAUUUCGUGAAGGCAUCACUGAGACUGGCUGGGUCCGUGUACCAAACCCUCGAUACACUAGCUACGUCCAGCACCGAGGCAGUAUUCCCAUAUUUUGGACCCAGGAUACUACAAAUCUUAACCCAAAGCCACCCAUUGAAAUCACGGUUGUCGACCCAUUCUACGCUCCUGCGGGUCGUCAUUUCGAUCGCCUGUUUGCCCGAUACGGAACACCGAUCAUGGUUCUGAAUCUUAUUAAGUCACGAGAGCCUCAGCCCCGAGAGUCCAAGCUCCUACAUGAAUUUGGAGCAUGUGUAGAGUAUUUGAAUCAGUUCCUGCCAGAAGGAAAGAAAAUAAUGUAUGAAGCAUGGGACAUGUCUCAAGCUUACAAAGGCAAGAAACAAGAUGUUAUCAGUUAUCUUGAGGACUACGCCGAAAUGUCAAUAAACCUCACCGGAUUUUUUCACUCGGGACCUGAGCCGUUUUCACACAAGUUGCGGUCCGAAUCUGAAGCUGUCCCUUAUCGUGAUACUAUGCUGGUUCAGAAUGGUGUUUGCCGCACGAAUUGUGUUGACUGCCUCGACCGAACCAAUGCUGCACAGUUUGUCUUUGGGGUUGUGGAGACACCUCAACUGGAAUUCGAUUCGGAUGCGGUAAACAUGCUCACUGAGAUGUAUCAUGAUCAUGGUGAUACGAUCGCCCUCCAGUAUGCUGGAGGAGCACUUGUCAAUAGGGUAGAAUCGUACAGGCGGAUGCCUCAUUGGAACAGCCACUCCCGGGAUGUCAUCGAGAACAUGCGUAGAUUCUAUGCCAACUCGGUGCUCGAUGCCGACAAGCAGGCAUCCAUCGAUGUAUUUCUGGGCACUCGUAGUGAGUCUAAGCCUUGCGGGCCGGCCGAACGCCGGGCCUAUCAACAAUGGUUCCACCCCGAAAACUUGGAUCCUGUGUUCGUACCAGUGCAGUGUUCCUCUGCGUUAUGUGAAUUCGCACAAACACGGGCCGAUUUCUGGGAUGAAUACUAUCGACCUAAACUCUUCACUAGUUUACAGAAACACUUCGCGUUCUCGAUGUCUAGCAGCUCGAAACUCACAGGGGACAAAAAGCUUUCCGAACCCGAGUGCAGUCCGUUUAUUCCUCGUAUAGUGGCCCCAGCCAUGCAGCCCCCAAAGUUGAUGCAGGGAGUUCGAAGAUGGAUGGGGCAAGGGUCUUCUAAGAGAAAGCCGAACCCCAUCACGAUCCCGCCUAAAACUAAUCCGGCUGAAGAUCACCAUGAAGUACUUGACUCGCACUCCAUAGAAGCCAUGGUUGCUCGCGCUCUGUCCCCCGUUGUCUCUGAGAAUGAGAGAACGAAUACCAGAGGUGAGCCUUGCUACCAAGCUGAAAAGGAUUAUAACAUUUAUCUACACGAGGUUCAAAUCGGGCAUGGUGAAAUUGACGACCUCGAUGUUCCUGAAGCAUGUUUGAGGCGAUAUGAUGCUCAUGCCCAAAGCGCAGCUAGGCCACUCGAAGUAGCCUCGGAGGCAAAGGAAACUUUAGACAAGACCCAGCAAUACCUUAAUAGUAGCCUUCCGCAGCAUGUCGGCUACUACUGA